UUCUGCUGCGCAGCUAAGGACCCAGCGCUGGCCACCGGGCAGCCAGGCUCCUCCACCGCCGCGCUUAAAGGCUGCUCCCAGGCACUGAGCUUCCCGCCGACCUGGCUCGAAGCAGGCGGUGACCUAGCCUGCAAGUGCAGCUGUCCGCUUGAAUCCUGGCGCCACUCCCACGCCACUGAGAGCCUCCGGGCCGGAUGCACUCGGAAGAGACAGAGGCAGCGUGCGACGGGGACGCGCGCCGGAUGGACGAGUACGCGGCGAGCUGGGGUGGGGAGCGCACAUCAAGCCCCACGAUGGCCCGGAAGAGAAGAGGAACGAUGACGCCAUCAUUUUCUGGAUCUUCAAAGCAGUUAGAAAGAUGCCCAGAUGUUCCUGUAGAACAUGAAAUUGUCCUAUGUUCCCCAAAUGAUGAACAAAAGUGUCUAGAGACCUUGGUGGAGAUGAAGCCUACAAAACCCCGACAUGUGUCUCCUGAAACUGCUAGCAGUGCAACUUCACCAAGGGUCCAGAAAGAGCCACCACAGAGGAAGGCGAAUGUGGUGUCUACAAAAGUCAGAUACGUGUCUCCUGAACCUGGUAGCAUUGCAACUUCACCAAGGUUCCAUCAAAAGCCUCCAUUGAGGAUGGUGGAGAUGACUCCUAGAAAAUUCAUAUAUGGUUCAGAUACAUUGAGACAAAUGUGUUGGAGGUGCCCUGUUGUUCAUAAAGUUUUUAAACAACCUGAAAUCCAAGCUUCAGCUUCCAUAGAGGGACUACAAAUUGAAAUGGAAGCAUCCCCUGAACAUUCUAACAGCACAGCUUCACCUGUGUGCCAGCAAAAUCCACAAGGGAUGAUAGCGACGAUGAUAUCUAACAAACGCAGAUGUGUUUGUGUCAUCGUGAAGGAAUUUUAUCAAAAUCAACAUAUGGUCCCCCUUAAUGAGAACAAACCUCAGGACAUCUCUAGUACCUCAAGAGAAACACCCCACAUCAAAACAGAAGGCAUCCAAGCACAGAGAGUCUCCUAAGGACCUUCUUCAAUAACAGCUCCCAUGGAAGAACCGCAUAACUGGCACCAGAAUUCUUGGGUGGCUCUGGGAAGAAUAAUAUGUAUUCAUUCAUGCUAUCAACUGUCUAAUUCUUAAUAUCUUUUCAUUGUGUUAUAAGUUAGUAUGUUUCCACAAUGAUUUUGUCAAAGCACAUUGGAUUUAUUGUUUGUUAGUAAAAUGAAAAAUAUAAGAAAAACUCAAGGCUAGAAUAUAUAAGGAUUUAACUUACUCCGAAAGGGAAAGAAACCACACUAAAAUAUGUUAACAGAAUUGUUUCUUUACCAAGAAAACUUCUAGAAUUCAUUCUAAUUAUAUCCUUGGACCUUUUUCUGAAAUACAUUUGACAUUUUUGUCAUCAAAUUGAAAACUGGAGAAAACAUUAAGAAUACUUAACUUCCCCACUUAGCUUUGAAAGAGUUAAUAUUUCCACAUACAUUCUAGUUUUCUCUACACUCUUGUCUUCAAGGACUUUUCAUGUACUGUUGAACAAAUGUUUCCUUAGAAAAUUUUAUGCACAUCCCCUAUCACAAGAACCACAUUUUUCCCUCCCAACAGUUUAUUGAACAGAAAAGGACUGUGUUAAACCUUCUGAAAAGCAAUUUCUUUCAUCUCUGUAAUUUGUUAUAUGAAUUAAAAGUAGAUUACUACUUUUCAAUAUCAUGUUGACAUCAAUGACAAGGAGACAUUUAUUUUGUCUUAUUGAUAAAUAACAACAUGGUUAUUAAAAAUGAAGGGGAAGACUGGAGGGCUCUUCAUGAGACUUGAACAUUGGUUUGAACAUUUUAAAAGAUGUUUUUAAGUAUUAAAGCUUUUCACUUUCUU